AUGAAAAUAUUAUAUUCAUUAUUAUUAAUAUCAAGUAUAAUUUUAAAUACUGUAUUAAAUAUUUCAUCACAAGUAUAUGAUCAACGUAUUUUGGCAUUAAAAGGAAAAUGUUAUUUAGAUUCAAAUAAAAAUGCAUUGUAUGAUGAAGGUGAACCAGGAUUUGGAAAUGUUGAAAUUUCUUUAGGAAAUGCAACUGAUUAUAAGGGAAAUAAAUAUCCAAUACGUUAUUCAUCUGCUGAUGGUACAUUUAUAUAUGAUGGAUUAACUCAACGUACAACUUAUGAAUUUACAUUUACCAAUCCAAAAGAUUAUUACUUUGAAACCUAUGAAAAGACAUUGGCUUGUCCACCAGGUGUACCAUGUAUUCGUCCAACGGUUUCAGCUGAUAAUUUGGCAGCAGAUCUUUUAGUUGCAAAUACCUUUGCCUAUAACAUUCCAUUGAUUAAACAAGUUGGUGUUUCAUCAGGCUCAUCUAUACUUACAGUUAGAAUUAGUGUUGAUUUGGGUUAUGUUGAGCAAACUCAACCACCAACUCAACCACCUACUCAACCACCUACUCAACCACCAACACCUCCACCAUUUACUGGUAGUGCCGUCGCUGGUUUAUUAUUUACCGAUAUCAAUGGUAAUGGAAUUUUUGAUGGAAGAGAUGUUUGGACAUCAAAUGUAUCGGUUGGAUUAUAUAAUUUCAAUGAUAAAACCAGAGCACUCGAUGUAAAUGGUAAUGUUAUUUCAUCAAUUACUACCGAUGCUAAUGGUAGAUAUGCAUUUGAAAAUGUUGCCAAUGGUGUUUAUUGUUUAUGGAUGGAAGGUACAAAAUAUUUCAAUCCAGGUUGCGUUGGUAGAAUUGAAAUCAACUCUGCAACAAUGCCAAAAUCAGUUGCAUCAGAUGGUGUUCAAUCACCAACCAUUUUAAGAGCUGGUUCAUUUAGUCUUUUCCUUACUGGUAAUUCUGGAUAUGGUGGUUAUGCAUACAAUGACAUAGACCUCAAUGGAUAUUUGAGUAGUAGAGAUCAAGGUAUCGCUGGUAUUAUUGUCAAGAUUUACCUACCAGUUUAUAAUUUCCUCUUUGGAACCGUUACAACCGAUUCAAAUGGUAGAUGGUCAUUCAGUGGUUUACAACCAGGUUUCCCAGUUAGAAUUGAGUUUGUAAUUCCAAAUGAUUUCACUUCAACUGGUGCAAAUUUGGUAAAUUUCGUAACAGUUGGUCAAUCUAUUGACUUAAGCAUUGGUUUGAUUCCAAAAUCUUUAACUGGUGUAAAUGCAGGUCCAAGUAAUCCAAAAUCAUUUGUUACCACCUGUUUUGUUAAAGGUUCAUACAAUGGUAAAUAUAAAGAUGAGCCAACAGUUGUUGAAAUUAACAAAGAUGCACAAGGUAAAGCAUAUGCUCAACAAUCAGCUGACUAUAUGAAGGUAUUGGCAAGUCAUAAAGAUACCGGUUCAGUUCAUGGUGUUGCUUUUAAUCCAGAUAAUGGUGAUAAGUUUGUAUCAUCUUAUCAUAAGACAAACUCUGAUUUUGGUCCAUCAGGUAGUUGUGCAAUUUAUAAACUUUCAAGUGGUAUCAUUACAACACAUGUUAACUUUAAUGAUGUAUUUGGUAAAUCCUAUUGUGGUGGUUAUGCACAUUACUUUGAUUUCCGUGAAAUAUCAACUGCUGGUCCAUUAGUUGGUAAAGCAAGUCUUGGUCAAAUGACCUAUUACAACAAGAAACUCUAUGUAACCAAUCUUGGAAAGAAUGAAAUUUUGGUUGUACCAAUUUAUCAAAAUCCAAAUGCAACCAAUGUUGAAAGAAUUCCAGUUGCAAAUCCAGGUUGUAGUAGUGGUGAUGAUUGGCACAUUUUCCCAGUUACAGUAUUCCAAGGCGAGCUAUUCACAGGUGGUGUUUGUUCUGGUGAAAAAGGUAGUAGAUUAUCAACCUAUAUUCUAAAGUAUAAUCCAAAUAGUAAAUCAUUUUCAACUGUUCUCUUCUAUACACUCGGUUAUGCAAGAGGUUGUCGUUAUCUUGAUUCAUUUGGAAGUUGUGUAUCAAGUGUUUGGCAAAAAUGGUCAAAUAAUGAUUCUCCUCAAGCAUUGUUAUCAACUAUUAUUUUCGAUGUUAGUGGUCAUCUCAUUAUGGCAUACAAAGAUCGUUCAGGUGAUAUUUCAGCAGUUGUUUCAGCACCAGAACUUUUGAUUGCAUGUUUAGGUACUGAUGGUCUUUUCUAUUUGGAGAGUGGAGGUAAAUGUGGUAGUCUUGUUGGUGCCGGAGUUGAUCAAAAAUCACUCACUGGUCUUAGAUAUGGUCCAGGUAAUGGUAAUUUCUUUGAUAAUCAUAAAACAGGUCUUCAUGACUAUACCAAUGCUUUUGGUGCAACUAAAGGUGGUCGUGAUAUUAUUGUUACAACUGGUUUCGAUUACUAUGAAGCAUUUGAAGGUUCAAUUCGUUGGUAUAAUGCAACCUCUGGUAAACAACUAAAAGGUUACUCUUUAUAUAUAACCUCUUCAAAUGGUCGUACCCCAUCUCCAACCUUUGGUAAACAAAAUGGUCUUGGUGAUAUUACUUCAGUGUAUGAUUCUUCUCUUCCACAAUAUCGUGUUGGUAGAGUUUGGCUUGAUAUAAAUGGUAAUGGUAUUCAAGAUGCUGGUGAACCUGGUAUUUCAGGAAUCACAGUAUUCUUAAUCUAUGGUCAACAAUCAACUCCAACAAGUCAAACUGUAUCCGAUUCAAAUGGUUAUUUCAAAUUUGAAGUUGAUUUCAGUUCAAAUUAUUAUUGUGUAAUUCCUGUUGCAUUCUUCCAAGCUGGUUCUUCCAUUACAAUGAGAAAUGCUGAUCCAACUCAUCCAAAUACAAAUAGUGAUGCUUUCUUAUCAACUGUUGAUAAUGUUUAUGUCACUUCUUUUACUUCUUCUGAUGCUGGUGGUUAUUAUUUUAAUGGUUGUUCAUUUGGUAUUAUUCCAAAAAAAUAA